UUCAUUAGUGUGGCAGGGAUUUCUGUUUGCCUUUAUUUCUUCUCCCUGUGUCGCAUGGUGUACUGUGUGUUCAGAACCAUUGGUGGGAAAAUGCAACAGCUUCCUACAAUGCCAGAGGCUCGGAGACUGCGCUAUAAGGGUAUUAUUUUCAGGUUUAAAUUUUUAAUGCUGGCAACACUCACAUGUGCUGCUCUCACCAUCAUCUUCUUCAUCUUAAAUCAAGUCAGCGAAGGUCAUUGGCACUGGGGGGACUACACUCUGCAAGUCCACAGUGCUUUUCUUACAGGAAUCUACGGCAUGUGGAACCUGUACGUUUUUACCAUUAUCUUCCUCUAUGCCCCCUCACACAAGCACAACAGGAAGAAGUCAGGAGACACUCAACACACAGAUAUGACAGACAAGUCCGAGAGCCAAGAGACACAGCUGACCUGUGGAGAGCAGGGGCCAACAGAGGUCUACAGGAUCACCGGGAAGGUGGCUGAGGAAUAGCUGCUGGGCUCGGUUUAGUUUCGGGACAUUUGUGGUGUGUUAUCUUUUAAUUUGAUGUUACUUGCCAGAGUCUUCUACACUGUUGAAUGUACAAGUGAGCCAUUGUACAAUACUGUACCCUUUAACAAUGAAAAUGAACAGACUGGGGAAAACAAAAGCUACAGGAAGCUACAGUAUAAGUAGAAGCGAGGAAAGAUUGAAUAUUCAAAGUUAGAUUCACUGGAAGGUCAGACCUUAGAAGCCUCCAAAAGCUGCUUAUUUUAAACUUUGUGACCAUGGGAAAAAUAAUUAAAGCAUGCUAUAAAUUGAAGUUGUUAUUGUUAUCUAACAGACAUCUUCUACGUGGUAUGACAGGAAAUUUGUUAACUUGUGACUCCCCCUAUGUGACUAUGUUGUUACAACCUCCUAUAAUGUAGAUUUGCUUCCUUAAACUUGUAAUGAAAAGAAAAAGUGGCCAAUCUUUUCAAUCUUUGUAUCUUUGCAAAA